CUGGAAGAAAGGACGGUUGAUCUCUUAUCAUCACGAAGCAGUUCAGUUGACCAUACUACCGAUAGGUCAAACAACCAAACCCUGCAAAAACUUCAAACUCAAACCCCUUCCUUUCAAUUCUCAAACACCUCCAAGAUCCGAAAUUGAUUCGAUUUUCGAGCACCCAAUGGCCCCAAAUGCAAGGCCCAGAAGCAUUCUUGAAUCUCUUGGGGAAGAGAUAAUCAGAAUCAUAACACCAGUCUCACUCUGCAUGUUAUUGGUGGUGAUUUUGGUCUCUGUUCUCAACACAGAUUCUUCAUCUUCUUAUUCAGCAUCAGCCACCUCCAUAGCCACCAUAGCGUACAGUGAGAGCAGCUCAGACUCAUCCUGGGACAAAUUCUUAGGUGCCCUUUUGAACUCCCUUGUGUUUGUGGCUGUUGUCACUUUGGUCACGUUUCUUUUGGUGCUCCUUUUCUACUUUAGAUGCACUAAGUUCCUGAAAUACUACAUGGGUUUCUCUUCUUUUGUUGUUUUGGGAUUCAUGGGCGGUGAAAUUGCAGUAUUUCUGAUAGAGAAAUAUAGUAUUCCCAUUGAUUGUAUCACAUUUCUGGUGGUUUUGUUUAAUUUUGCUGUCGUGGGUGUUUUGGCUGUCUUCAUGACAAAAAUUGCAAUUAUUGUGACACAAGGGUACUUGGUUCUUAUUGGAAUGUUGGUUGCUUAUUGGUUUACUCUGUUGCCUGAAUGGACCACUUGGGUGCUAUUGGUUGCCAUGGCAUUGUAUGAUCUUGCCGCGGUUUUGUUGCCGGUUGGGCCAUUAAGACUCUUGGUAGAGCUUGCAAUAUCAAGGGAUGAAGAUAUCCCAGCUCUGGUUUAUGAGGCUAGACCGGUGAAUUGUAAUGAUUCAGGUUCAACAGGUGGAGUACCUCAAAGGAGGGUUUGGAGAGACAGGAGGGGUGAAGAUUCAGUUAAUGGGUCUAACCACAAUUCAAAUGGCAAUUAUGUUUCUGGUGAGAAUGUGAAUCCUGAGUCAAACUCCACUUUGAAUGCCACUGCUGUUCCGGACUCAGAUUCAGAUUCUAAUUCCGUAGUUAUUGGCCACACUGACACUAGUUUAGUUAGAGCUGAAGAGGGCCGUGUUCCAGAAAGGGAUGCUGAGCUAUCCGCGCCUUUAAUUGGUGGUAGAAUGAAUAUUCCGCCGCAUCAACCAGAAGAUGAUGCGUCAGGUGAAAGUUUGAUGCUAGAGGGAAUUGGGUUGGGUUCUUCAGGUGCAAUCAAGCUGGGGCUAGGAGACUUCAUCUUCUAUAGUGUGUUGGUUGGUAGGGCAGCCAUGUAUGAUUUUAUGACAGUGUAUGCAUGUUAUCUUGCUAUUAUAGCUGGUCUAGGUGUCACUUUGAUGCUCUUGGCACUAUAUCAGAAAGCUUUGCCAGCUCUUCCCGUGUCAAUAGCAUUAGGUGUGUUGUUUUAUCUCUUGACUCGGUUCUUACUUGAAGUUUUUGUUGUGCAAUGUUCUUUUAACCUCUUAAUGUUUUAAUACAUAAAUUAUGUUGUCAAAGAUUGAUACUUGGCUACACAAUAUAUAGCCUCAGAAAGUAUGGUGUAUGAAAUUCAUGUUUAUUGUUUCAA